CUGCCCUAACGUGGACACAGCCUCAUGCCACCAAGGCACUGUGACCCCUGGGGGGUGACUGAGUACGUUUCUGUCAGGUGAGCACGGUCGGCUGCCCCACUGGGGCUGGCAGGUGCGCAUGAGCUGGGUUUGCAUUAGCAUCAUCCGGACUCCUGUCCUACAUACAAAGGUCCUGCUGAGCACCUGUCUUGUCAUUUCCUGGCCGAGGCCUCUCCCGGUGCCAAGCCUCAGUCCAGUGACUUGACAACUUCCUCUGCACAUCACUGCCCUCCACUGACAGGUUUGGGCCAUUGAAGGGUAGAGACCCCACCCCCUGUCCGGCCCCUCUGCCCUGGACUUCCUGUGUAGCAUCUGGAUAGAGGAGGAACAAGGUGUGCCCGGCCUCCCUCAGGUUCCUUUCCUGUGUCUUUCCACCUGCCAGCCAGGUGGCUGCUCCUGGGCCUCUGUGUGGGGGACAGGUCCAUGUAGCCAGGCAGUAGUUGAAGGAGGAAGUCUGGAGUUCCCCAGACAGCACAGGUUCAGGGGAACGAAGUCUGGAGGUAACAGGCUGUCUGCCUGAAUUGCCCCAUCAGGUGACAGCCAGGAGCCACCUUCUGAUAUGGCUGCUGGCCAGUCUGCACCUUUCAGGACUGCAUCAUCCUCUGGGGACUCGUUGCUCCCUGAACAAGCAUCUAAAACAGACCCCCUGUGGAUGUCUGACUGUCCACAGUCUGGCCUGGCUCUGGGCUCCAGGUGGGGCCCUUAGCCGGGCCUGCAGUCCUGUCCCUGAGAUGACUGUUCUCAACAGCCACAGCUCCCAGUUCUGGGUUGUCCAGCUGCUGACUUGGUUCUCAGAAGCGGAGAGGUUGGGUUGCUCCCCGCUACCCAGGAAAUGAAGCAAAUGGAGCGCGUGGCUGGGAAACAGCCCUGGGCUCCUGCCUGCCAUGCAGCAACUCCUGCUGCCUGUGAACGGCACCCUGCACGCCAGGAUUUCCCUCCUUUCUGGAGGUGUGAGUUUACCUUAGAAAGAUGCUGCUGCUGCUGACUUGGCCACGUGCUCUGCUCUCUUGCAGGCUUCCUGCCAGGAGUGUGCACCUCGCACGAACAUACCAGAGACCCCCUUGCUCCAUGUCACCCCUUAGCCCUGUGGGCUGGCCUUCAGCCCUUUGCUCGUGUCUGAAAACCUCCAGGGACCAGCACUCCAAAGCUCCCUCUGUGCCUCGCGAGUCCAUGUGAUCAGCAGUCGCCAUCACAGUGUGGGGCUUUCCUAGGCUUGCGGUCAGGAUCGCAACCCGCAUCACGCCUGAGCAAAGGGAGGAGGACAGAGGGGUGACCCGUUGGCAGCGCCUGCAGUCGGCCUGUCCAGUCAGGGCUGACCAGCAGAGCUGAGCCCUGUGCAGCUCAGCCUACCACCUCCCAGAUCCACUUCCCCAGUCAUUUUCCACAGGACGUUCCUGGCGUAGCUCCUCCAGCGUUAGGAAACAGACUGGGUGGGGACUUGCGUGAGCCAGUGGCUCACGAGGGCUUGUUACUGGGAGAGACAGUCACUUGGAGGGAGCAUGUCCUCACUUUCUAAUUCUGAAGCCCAAGUGGGUGUUGGUCUCCCUCUUGUCCCCGCACCCAGGACAGCAUUUCCAGCCCAGACUGCCUGGGAGCAGAAGAGGCACAGAGCAGACUGCAAACGCCAGUCAUGUGUCCAUCCUAGCACUGGAAGCUAGAAUAGCCGCUGGCCUGGUGUAGGGCCCACCUCAGCCCCAACAAGACGACCAGAACUUGUGCUAGUGGUUCUGUGUGUGUGGGGUGGGGGGGGCGGCAGGCACACCAGCUUCUAUGGAAUCGGCUUAGCUUCCACGCCCAGCAAACGUUUGGCAGCUGGGCCUCUUCAACAUGCCCUGCCUGGCCACGCCCCCCAGAUGCCUCUCCUGCUUAGGGGUGUCUUGCCUUGGAGAUUUUCCCACCGGCUUUUAGGGACCAUCUGGAUCACAAAGUCUCUAAUCCUGAAGAGAGCUCUUGGCCCCUCUUCGGUCAGCACCUCGCUCCACAGCCCUGGAGGCCAUGCAGAGGGGGAGGGGAGAGGUGUCUUGUCCCGGCUUCUCCCUCACCCCCAGGCUGAGCCCCUCUCCUGCAGGACCAGCCGGUCUUCACACUCCACCCCCAUUUUUCUGCGCCCAGCCCCAUUGUCCAGUCAAGCCAACACUCCCAAGGGAGCUCGUGUUCAGGCAUGGGGGGAAGGGGUACUUCUGCUCAUGUUCGCCCAAACCCCUGGGCGCAGAGCGGCCCCGCAGCGCGGAGGGAGAAGAUCUGCUCUCCCGGGCCCUGGGCGGAGUGCAGCCGUUCCCCAAACCCUGAAGACUUUUCAUGGGCAGUCAGCGGGGACCCCGAAGGCGGCAGCCCUGGGGUUCCCGCGUCUGCCUUUAAACGCGUGGGCGCGUUGCUAAGCCGCGCUGUGUCCACCAGCUUGGUCGCAGCCCGCGCGCGGGGGCCCAGGACCCUGAGCCCGGCCCGGCCCCUUCCGGUCCCGACGGCUCCGCGCCGCUUUACGGCGGGGGCCGCGCCUCGACGUGGGCAGCCGGAAAGCACCCCCGCCCCGCCCCCGAGCCGCGGGCUGCAGGAUGGCCAGCCUCGCGCCGCGGGUAGACUACUUGGCGCGCUUCCGCUGCCCGCUCAGGGGCCUGGCGGCGGGCAAGGCCCGCGUGCUGUGCCACGGGGCGGAGAUCUUCCUGUCCACCGGGAGCGAGCUCGUCCACGUCUACGACCAGGAGGCCAGGCGGCUGACCACGGUGUACAAGUUUCCGAGUCCCGUGUGGCACCUGGAGCUCCUGGCCCUUCGCAGGACUCUGUACAUUCUCUGCGCCGGGAGGGGCAUCUACUGUUUGUCGCUGGACCAGGCAGGCCGGUGAGAAGCGGGCGCCGGGCUUUGGGCAGAACCCAUCACCCUCCCCGUGGAGGAGGCGGACCCGGCCUCAGGCGCCUCGCUGGCUCUGGCCCGAGGCCACCGUGCUCUGCCCUCCUCAAGCUCCCGCCCCGUGACCUCUGUGGCCUGCUCCGCUUGACCCUGGAUCGGGUUCAGAACAAGCGCUCCCCAGCUCGCGCGUGUGGGAAUGGCAGGCUCGGCCGGCCCCCAGCACCUGCGUCUUCGAACAGGUCCAUGAGCCAGGACGGUGGGGAUGACGGGGACGGUGGGGACGACGAAGAUGAGGACAGUGAGGAUGGUGAGGACGGUGAACCCCCAUGUCCUGUGGUCACCGUGGACCCCGACGCCUGUGCCCUGCCUGGGGCCACGCUGUGUACUUUCACUCUGCUUGAUGGGAUGCUCGUCACCGUGGCGCAGGGCCCGGCCCGGUGGAAGGUGCAGCUGUUCGAGUGUCCUCGUCCUGGGGAGGAGCCCAGGCCCGGAUGCCAGAUAGGCGAGGUGGAAUUGCCCACCGGCACCCCCCUGGUUGGGAGCCCCACGGAGCCUGCGGCACCCUGCUUCCUUCCAGUGCUCUGCUGCGUGUCACCGCGAGGCUGCCCACAGGGCCCUGGGAGCUUCAUGCUGGAGGACGCCCUCUUUGGGCUGCUCUUUGGGGCGGAUGCCUCCCUCCUGGAGUCACCUGUGGUCCUCUGCGGUCUCCCAGAUGGCCAGAUCUGCUGUGUGGUCCUGAAGACCCUGGUCACCUCCAGGUUGGCCCCUGGUGACCCAAAGGCCCUUGCCAAGAUCCUCCAUCACCUGGAGGAGCCCGUCGUCUUCAUUGGGGCCUUGAGGACAGAGUCGCUGGCUGAGGACGUGGAGGAUGUGCACGACGUGCGCGCUGACUGCCUGGUGGUGCUCGGCCACCAAGGCCGGAUACUGGCUGUUAGGGCCAGCUGGGACGAGGCGGGGAGUCUGGUGCCCCAGCUGCGGGAGUACCGCCUCCCGGGGCCUGUGCUCUGUGCUGCUUGUGGAGGGCCCAGCCGCAUGUACCACGGCACCCCCUCAGACCUCUGCAUGGUGGACUUGGCUCGGGGAGGCACCCCCUGGGACCCCACACAGCCUGGUGGGGGCCCAGGACGCCUGCCAGCUAUGCUGUGUCCGACCAGUUUGAACAUCUGCAGCAUCAUCACCCUCUGUGUGUCAUCUAGAGCGACUGAAGGUGGCACCAAGCUCCUGGCCCUAUCCGCCAAAGGCCGCCUGAUGACCUGCGGCCUGGACCUGAACUCAGAGGUGCCUUGCCCCACCUUGGCAAACGCUGGCCAAAAAAUUAAGGACUUGCUCUCUGGAAUUGGCACCGUCUCUGAGAGAGUGUCCUCACUGAAGAGGGCGGUGGACCAGAGGAACAAGGCCCUGACGUGCCUCAAUGAAGCCAUGAACGUGAGCUGUGCCCUGCUGUCGGGCCAGGAGGGUGCCCGGCCCAUCUCGUGUACCACAACCACCACCUGGAGCCGCCUGCAGCUACGGGAUGUGCUGAUGGCCACGUGCCAGCUGGACAACCACAGCGGCUACAGCCUGGGCCACGGCUGGGCCCUUUGCAUCCAGGUGCUCACCAGCUCCUGUGCCAUGGACCUGGACUCAGCCGGCUCAGCUGUCACCUACACCGUUCCUGUGGGCCAGCUCGGCCCUGGUGGUCAGCAGGAGGUGACCCUGCCCCUGGGCCCUGGCGAGGACGGCACUCUCCACCUCCCUGUGACCGUGUCCUGUGCCCUCUACUACAGCCUCAGGGAGGUCGUGGGCAGGGCCCUCGCCCUGUCGCCCUCCUCCAAGGACCCCUCGUGGGACGAGUGCCCCUGUGACAUCCUGCCUGAGCAGGAGGGCAUGUGCCUGCCCCUGAGCGAGCACACGGUGGACAUGCUGCAGUGUCUCCGUUUCCCCAGCCUGGCUAUGCCGUGCACACAGGCCCCUAGCCUGCUUGGCCCGGCCAGCGACCCUGUGGACACCUUCCUGGGAGCUUGCUGCCUUGGGCCAGGCACCGAGCCAGCAGGACCCUCAUCGCAGCAGGCCAAGUACCUACCCCCGUCAGUGGCUGCCAUCAAGGUGUCGGCGGAGCUGCUGAGGGCCGCCCUGGGGCGUGAUCGCUCAGGCUCGUCCCUGUCCCUGUGCUGUGCCACUUUGCAGUGGCUUCUCGCUAAGAAUGCUGCUGCAGAUGCCGUGAGGGCCCGAGCACUGUCCUCUGUCCAGGGAGUGGCCCCAGACGGCACUGCCGUCCACCUCACUGUCCGCCAGUGUCGCGUGUGGGCCCCCGACCCUGCACAGUUUGGGACCUGUAGCCACCCCGCCCCGGCCUGGCGCUGCUUGGUGACGGUGAUGGUGACCAGCCUCUGCCCAGAAGGACCCGUCCAGGCUGUGGAGAUCCAGGUGGAGAGUCCCUCUCUGGCCAACAUGUGCCAGGCCCACCAUGCCAUCAUUGAGCGAAUGCAGAGAAUGGUUGUGGAGCAGGCCGCCCGGAGCCACAGCCCGCCUGACCUCCGCCUGCAGUAUCUCCACCAGAUCCAGGCCAAUCACGAGCUGCUUCGGGAGGUGCGGACCCUGCGUGACCAGCUGUGUGCAGAGGACGAGGCCCGUUCCAGUGCUGCUGCCACGCGGCUCCUGCAGGUACAGAGCCACUGCACCUCUUUUCUCUGGACCUUUUCCUGUCUGGAUGUGAGGCCUGGAACAGCAGCAGCCCUCUUGUGACCAUGAGGGCAUCAGCCUGAGGUCAGAGCUGUGCCAGGAGAGUGGUUCCAGCAGGAGGAAAGAGCAGGGGACUUUGUGAUGCCACUGAGCGGGCGAUGAUGUCCUGCCUGCCUCUGCCCUGUGCCCAGCCCCAGAUUUCCAUUUGUAUGAGAUAAUCAGUGUUCUCAUGGUUGGAACCAGUUUGUGGCCAUUCCUGUUACUGCAGCAACCUGCCACAUCGCCGUCAGCACCACCGCAUGUGACACCCAGUGGCCGGCGCAGGGGAGCCCACAGACUGGCUGACGGAGACAGACAGGGAGACAGUGAGGCGGGCGCUCACAGGCCAGAGACGGGGGCUCUGGUGCUGCCUGGCCUGCAGCAUGGCUGGGACCGAGGCACAGCCACCCUGCAGAACCUGCCACUUGAGUGGCCUUGGGAUCUAGGGACCCUAUGCCCCCACCCAGACUGAGAUGCCACAUCCUGCCUCCAGCCGCUGGUCACCAAGUCAACAUCUGGGUAUCAGGCAGGCCGAGUGCGUCCAGGCUUAUUGCAAGGGCAGCAGACACGAAUGUGAGGUUCCCCUGCUUCUACAGUGGGAGGCAGAGCUGUCCUUAGUGGGGGUUCCCUUAUCAGAGGGGCAGCGUCAGAUGCUCAGAGACCCAGAGAAUGAAAUGGCCCACACAGCUGCCACCAUCACCACCUCUUUCCAUAACCAGCAUGCAUCUUGCUCACAGCCUGAACAUGGAACAAAAAUACUUCUGUUCGGCAUCUCCACUGACCUAACAGAAAAGCUUUUUCACACCAUUGCUGAAUUUCAUUGAAAAUUCCAGCACAGGGACCUUGGCCCAGGCCAGAAAGUGGCAUGGCUAUACCAUGGGGCCUGUGUUGCAAAGGACCAGGGCUGUCUGCCCUCCACCACACCCCAGGACCUGGUCGCACACCACGCAAGUGCUCAGGAGAUCCUUCCGGAUGCCUGUCUCCCGCACAGCACUGGCCCCGAGGACCUGACUGCAGGCAGGGCCCCAGAGCCACAGCAGGGCUGCAUCUCCCGGGUACUCACAGCUGGGCCUCUGCCACCUGCACAGGGUGGCAGUGUGCCAGGCCAGGGAUGCCCAGCCACUGUUGGGUACACAGAGCCAGGAGCCCAAGUCAGAGCAGUGGGCCGUGACUAGUGCUUGGCCAGGGGCUGGCGCCUAGCUGCCCUGGGUCACUCUGGAACCUCAGCUUCCUUUCAGGGAAGAAGGAAUCACGCAUGUCCACUCCACAAGCGUGCAAUCACAUGGAGCUGGGCCACUGGUCACAUGAGGCAGGUGGCCAACGAUCCCAGAUGCAGGGGGAGCCAGGCUGCCCCUGCCAGCAGACACAGUGCCUUCCCACCAAGAAGCCCAGGCCUGGGAGGGGCUGCCGGCUCCCUGCAUCCCCCCAGACUAGAGAGACCCAAAGGUGUCACCCCACCCCACUCUUGGGGCCUGACAAGGACUCCCACUGGUCAGGGCCAUGGGGGGCAGGGGACCAACUGCUCCUUCUGGCUCUUUGCCUUGCCCUUGACCCCAGUCGGGGGUGGGGGGCAGUCCAGUGUGAGCAGGGCCUGUCCCCCUGCCCCUCCAGCUGGCACUGUCCAUCCCGCAUUCAGUAGCUACCUAGCAGCCCAGGGCCCAGCCAAGACAUCCCCAGGCUGUCCUGAAAGACCCCUUCCUCCCGGCCCUAAAGUUAGCGGCCAUCCACACGGCCCCACCCAAGGUCCACCACACACACAUCCCAC